AUGGGGAUCUGCCAGGGCUGGGAGCCAUUGCCAGUCCCCUUUGAGGCCUUUCCCAAAGCCCAGCUAAAGUCAUGUCCAAGCAUUCACCUUUACCUGCUAAAACGCUGCCAAACGAAAAAUGUUGAUGUGGGCCCAGCUAUUCUGAUCUCACUGCUGAGCUCCACAACAAACCAAGCUCGUCUGACUGUGAGUCCCAGCAGCUCUCAGUUCUUUGAAGAAGACUUUGUGUCUCUGAACUGUGAGGAGGACGACAGCUCUGCUGGAUGGACUCUGAGGAGAAACACAAGCACACGGCAGAGGACUCAGUGUGGAGAUGGGUGGGGAAAACCAGCUGGUUCUUCCUGUAACAUCAGUCACAUCUACAAAUGGGAGACUGGAGUUUACUGGUGUGAGUCCAGAGAGGGUCCCAUCAGUAACAUGGUUAACCUGACAGUCACUGGUGGAUCAGUGAUCCUGCAGAGUCCUGUCCUCCCUGUGAUGGAGGGAGAUGACGUCACUCUGCUCUGUAAAACAAAGACCACUCCCUCCAACCUCCCAGCUGCUUUCUAUAAAGAUGGCUCCCUCAUCAGGAAGCAGCCUACAGGUCACAUGACCAUCCAGCAUGUUUCCAGGUCUGAUGAAGGCCUCUACAAGUGUGACAUCAGCGGUCAUGGAGAGUCUCCAUCCAGCUGGAUCACUGUCACAGGUAGACCUACAACCACAACUUCGCCCAUCACCUCUUCAAACAUGCCCCCAACCAUAUCUUUGCCCUCUUACUCCACCACGCUGAGACUGGUCUGUCACAUGGUGGUGAUCUGUCCAUACUUCAUCUCCACUCUCCUCAUGGUGUCUUUAUAUCGAUGCAGAGCCAAAGGAAAUGACCCCACCAUCUUCUUGGCAACAGAAACUAACGCUGAUGAGAGACUCUGUGAGGACUAUGAUGAUAUUGCUGAGGUGACCACUGAGCAUCAGCGCUGA